AGGCCAGCUAGGACUGAUGUGGAGCAAUUUCCCAACCUGACUUUACAUUGUAUUUGGGGAAGUUGGGGAGUGAUUGUCUCUUUUUGGGAACUUUUGUGAAGCUGGGGCAGAGUGGAAAAAGAGAAGUGGAGAAAUACUGCUUCUGAGGGCUCACUGUACUGAGGGUCUAAUGGGCAACCGUAUCCCAUGUGCUUUGAAGCUGUGGAAUUAUUGCUGAUACACAAACCCUAAGUAAAUAUUUGGCCAUCUGUAGCUUCCUGCCGGAUAUUCUUGGAGACAUAACCUUGUUGGCAUAUCUAUGUGACCACAUUGGGAAGACUGCGUGUGAUGGAGAAAGCCAUGCAGGAGACAGCUGUCUUGAUCCUUGUGUUGCUCUGCACCUCCAGCAAAGGUCACCGUUCUCCACUGAAUGACUUCCAAAGAUUAAAGGCUACUCAGCUGAUCACUUUGGCUCAACAGAGUGUGGAACAGAUCAGUGAAGUAGAAGAAUGUGCCCGGCAAUGUAACACCUUGGUGGACUGCAGAGCCUUUCACUACAACUGGCCACGUUAUGAAUGCCAGCUGCUGACUGUGACCCAAAAUUCACCGCAUACCCGGUUGCAAAGGAAUGUUCAUUAUGACCUCUACCAGAAGAAAAGUUAUGUAAGGAAAUGCAUCAUAGGAGAUGGGGCAAACUAUAGAGGGUUCCAGUCUAUGACUGAAAAAGGAAAAACCUGUCAAAAAUGGCAGCUGAAGUUUCCUCAUGAUCACAGAUUUCGUCCAUCCCAAUAUAACGGUUUAGAAGAAAAUUAUUGCCGGAAUCCAGAUAAUGACUGGCGUGGCCCCUGGUGCUACACAACUGAUCCUGCUACCCGACAUCAAAAUUGUGGCAUCAAGAAAUGUGAAAAUGCUGUCUGUGUGUCGUGUAAUGGUGAGGAUUAUCGGGGAUUCGUUGAUCACACUGUGUCAGGCACAGAGUGCCAACGCUGGGACCUGCAGCACCCUCACAAGCAUCCGUACCUGCCAAACAAAUACCCAGAUAAAGACCUUGCUGAUAAUUAUUGCCGUAAUCCUGACAGUUCUGAGCAACCUUGGUGUUACACAGUCGAUCCUGCCAAGGAGCGUGAAUUCUGUCACAUUCGUAAAUGCACAGAGAAACAUCCACAUCUGUCUAUAACAACCAACUGCUUCAGGCUGAAAGGAGAAGACUAUCGAGGCAAGGUGAAUGUCACUACCUCGGGUGCCCCCUGCCAACGCUGGGACUCACAGACACCACACCGACACAAUUUCCACCCUGAGAAAUAUCCAUGCAAAGACCUAAGUGAGAAUUACUGUCGGAAUCCUGAUGGCUCAGAGGCUCCCUGGUGCUUCACUACCAUGACCAACCUGCCUAGAGCUUUCUGUUUCCAGAUCAAGCGCUGUGCUGAGGAUGUGGAGGCAGAAGACUGUUACUAUGGAAAUGGGGAAGAUUACCAAGGCACAGUUAGUAAGACCCGGAAAGGAAUUACCUGCCAGAAAUGGAAGGAACAUACCCCUCACACACUCCAGCACUUCUUUCCCUUACUACCUAAUGUGCGUCUUGAACAGAACUAUUGUCGUAACCCUGACAAUGACAGUCAUGGGCCCUGGUGCUACACUAUGGAUCCUAAUACUCAAUUUGAUUACUGUGCCAUUAGACCAUGUGUUGAUGACAAGAAGCCAUCCCAUUUGCUGGAUCCAGAAAACGUGGUUUUUGACCAGUGUGGCAAGAGGAAUGAGCGAAUAGAGAAACGAGCUCGGAUUGUAGGAGGCGGACCUGGAAACUCACCUUGGACAGUCAGCAUCCGGAAUCGAGAAGGAGUCCAUUUCUGUGGAGGAUCACUGGUAAAAGAGGAGUGGGUAAUCAGCACCCGGCUGUGUUUCUCCUCCUGUGAUGCUGACUUAACUGGUUACUAUGUCUUGCUUGGAACACUCUUUAAGAAUCCUGGUCCUAAUGAUCCAAACAAACAGGCCAUUCCUAUAAUUAAGAUUGUCUGUGGUCCCACUGAGUCACUUGUGGUGAUGCUGAAACUGGAGAGGCCUGCACUUCUGAAUCAACGUGUGGCAUUGAUCUGCCUUCCACCCGAGCGUUUCAUGGUGCCCGAGAACACAGAGUGUGAGAUUGCAGGAUGGGGUAGCACUGGAGGAACUGGGAAUGAAAAUGUCCUCAAUGUGGCCAGGCUGCCAGUCAUGAACAAUCAAAACUGCAGUGUGGCACUUCGAGGCCGUCUGAAGGAGAAUGAGCUAUGUACGUCACCACUGAAGGUUGGCGUCGGAGCCUGUGAGGGUGACUUUGGAGGUCCUUUGGCCUGCUUGACUAAAGAGUGCUGGGUGCUACAAGGUGUGAUCACCCCAUUGCGGAUAUGUGCUCGCAAAGACGUGCCUGCCACCUUCAUCCGAAUCUCUAUGUAUGUUGACUGGAUCAACAAAGUGAUGAGGUUGAGCUGAGCUGUUGUAUAUUUAUCAUAAAUUCCUGCCCGUCUCUCCAUUUUCAGAAUUAGCGUGGAGCAGUCAUUCUCAUGUCAGGUGAAAAGCAUUGCCAAAAAGGUUCCUGAUUUUACAGAAAAAAUACUUCCCAAAGCUGACAUGGGUGACAAGUUUUUUGCUCCAUUUUGUGGAGUUUAUCUAAGUGGCUAAGAGGAUCUGCAGCAAUGAAUUGCUUAUUAUACUGUAUCUUUUGCUAGACACUUAGCUGAAGAAAUAUUGAUGAUAGUGACCAUCAUAGCUUCAAACAUUAUCAAAUUUUAUGAGAACAAUGGAAGCUUCCUCUAAGAAGUAUGAACUAAUAAAAUACCAAAGUCACUGAACAUAUGACUAAGCCAAUAUGCUUUAACUAAGCAUAAGCUAAUGUGUUGCAUUAUUACAUCACCCAUAUCCUUUUGAUAGGACUGGUUAGUUGUUAUCCAUGAGUAUCAGUUCUUUCAGUAAAUAUAUUCAUGGGCAGAAGUUUCAAUACGUAAGGCUUUAACCAUAGCCUCCUCAUUGGAGCAGUUCUUGGCAUUAUAUUUAACAUGGACAUUGUCUGCAAUUUCUUUUUUCUGUUAUCAGUAUUAAAAGUUCAAUUGAGGCUGAA